UGGUCAAGGACAAUGAAUCAAAGCCAUGUAUACUAUGAAGCUCUACAUCAACAUGAAAUUGCAAUUUGAAGAACAAAAACUGCGUUCCACAUGUAUAGGAUGCGCGCACGCAUGUACACACACGUGUAACGGGUGAUGAUGAGGACUGAACCAUAGCCAUAGGAGGAAUGUACAAAAAAACAUGCCGCAGCACUCACCACUGCGUUCUAUAGGUAGCACAUGGCACAAACAUAACAAACAUGGAAACAUGGAAACAUCUCUCUGGCCAGACAAGCCUGAGCGUAAGAGUUCUGGAGAGCAAAAAAAGAAGAUGAAACCUGAUGGCAAAGCGAAUGAAAAUUCUCUGGCUUUCUAUAAACCCCAAAGUCAACUGAACUGCAGCGUGCUCCUGCCUAAGUUGUGGUGCAAGGGGGAGGGGGACGCCAUCGGGCGCCGAGUGACCGGCAAAACUCAGUGGGCCUCAUUGGAUAUUAAGUGGGCCUCCGAGAUAGGACUAAGGACAUAAUUGACCGAGGUUGCUUCUUCCGCGAGGGGGUCUGUAUGUACCGCCAGAGCGCAAUACUAGAACAUUGUUGGCCAGAAAGUUACAUGAACACUAGCCCGCUCUGUAGAAUGGACCCUGAACGCCCCCGAGCGAGCGCGCCGCACACAUCACGAAUAAAGUUACGGGAGUACUACGAUGCACUGGAGCGCCUUGCGACUGCUUUUGUUUUUGCGCCUGAUAUUGAUGCUGACACUGAUGCUGAUAUUGAACCUAGAGUGACAUAUUGACACCAGCCCUCGUGCGUGACCGGAGAAACGGAGGGUCAAGGUGCUACUGCCACCACUGGGUAAAAUGCCACUGCUGGAUAAGUCAAGUUGUACUCGGCUGUUGUUUGGCGGAUAACAUGGAGGGUGCAUUCUUUCAAACCAGACCAACCAAUCAGAAAAAAAUCGGUACCGAACCAACAAUUAUUGACGGAAAUCCCAUCACCGCAGGGAGAACCGUGCUUGAAAAUGGAAGUAGUCUGAGUGGCUUCCCCCAUCCACCGCCCUCCCAUUCCGUGAAAGGCGGCCGUGUUGGAUAUCGAUAGCGAGGGUGGGGGGCUGGCGAUUCUGGUCUUUCAUUGACAGUUGUGAAAUACGGAAAUGAAGAUUCGCCAUGAUUAUUUUUCAGGGUUUUUGUGUUCUUUUCUGAACUUGGACUGUUUGAUGAAGGGUGAAAAUAGACCCAGCGAAGGUCACGAGAAAAGGACGGCCACGAACAAGG